UGGUGAGCGGCAGCUACUUUUAGGGCAACACUGCUGUUUUCUGCCCUGCCAGAUGCCCGGUGGGCUGCGUUUGAUCCAUGAGGAACCCAGAAAGACCUUAGCAAUGUCUGAAGAGCUUCCAGUCUAAGCAUUAGCAUGAUGCAGGGGUUGGGAACCACAGUCAAGGGGAGAGCAGAGCUUGCCGGACUGGUAAUAGCACCUCGGUCCUAAUGAAGUGCAGUGAAGGGACUGAAGCUAGAGAAAUGCUGAGAUGCUUUGGCCUCUGCAAGCCCCUUUGUGUCCCUCCAGUCAUAAUACCAGUUGCUCCCUGUGCCUUUUCCCAAGCGGUUCGGAAUGUCUUUUAAAAUAUUUUAAAGUUUACGCAUUCUUAACUUUGAGAUAAUGCUAAUUUUAUUGCCAACGACCAAUGCUGUUUGGGCUCCCUCCCUCGGUUGUGAAACAGUUUUGGACAAACGAAGUCAAAUGUUCUCUGAGCAGGAGGUUGAACUGGGGUGCAUCUGAGGGUGUGAUUGGGGAAACAAGCUUUUUAUUGGAAUUUAGUGAAACGAGCACUUGCCACAAGGCUCGAAAUGAGUGAUAUGGAUAAAACAAGGGUCUCCCUUGAGGGUGAAAUGUGUCAGGGAGUUUGUUUUGCUUUGUCAUUGCUAGAAGAACCUCAAAAAGGCCUAUGAUGAGUUGACAGUUCUAGCAAAGGACAUUUGAUUCAAAGAUGUGUUUCCAAUACCAACAAUAGCUUUGUUUGUUUAGCUCUCCAGGGAGUGUUUUGAGGCAGGUCAUCACAGUGGCAAAGGAAAGAGGGGAGGGCAUCAUGCCAAGCACACCUAAAACAAUAGAAUAAAAAAUGACAUCUUCUCCACUCCCCUGCCUCCCAGCCAACUCCCUGAGCACAUAAAAAGGAGAAUUCAGGCACUGCUCUUACAGGACUUACCUUCUCUUGCCUCUGGACUUGCUUCUGGACUUAGCGCUGCUAAGCUCUCCUCUCUUAACGGGUUUACUGUCAGGGACCCAUCAUGUCUCGCCAGUCAUGUGGUCUCAGCAAGGGAUUCAGCUCCAGCUCUGCUUGCUUCGGAGGGGGGAACAAAGUCACAUUCAGCUCUGUCUCCCGUGGAGGAUGUAGGGGAUCUUCUGGGAACGCUGGUGGCUUUACUAGCAGGAGCCUCUACAGCUUGGGAGGGAGUAAAAGUACUUCUCUGGGGGGAUUUGGAGCUGGUGGUGUCUGUAGAGGUUUUGGGGCUGGUAGUCAAGGAGGCUUUGGCUAUGGUGCUGGAGGAAGGUUUGGUGGUGGCUAUGGUGGCGGGGCAGGAGGUGGUUUUGGCGGAGGCCUUGGCGGUGGCUUUGGUGCCUUUGGUUGUGGUGUUGGAGGGUUUGAUGGGAGGGGAGGUCCUGGCUUUCCUGUUUGCCCACCGGGCGGCAUCAAGGAAGUGACCAUCAAUCAGAGUCUGCUGGCCCCCCUUAACCUUGAAAUCGACCCUGAGAUCCAGAAGGUGCGAGCACAGGAGCGGGAGGAGAUGAAGACCCUCAACAACAAAUUUGCCUCCUUCAUUGACAAGGUCCGAUUCCUAGAACAGCAGAAUAAAAUCCUGGAGACCAAGUGGAAACUCCUGCAGGAACAAGGCCAAGGCACAGGCCCUAACAGCAGGAACCUCGACCAGUUUUUUGAAGCCUAUAUCAAUGGGUUGAGGAAGCAGCUGGAUGGCCUCUCAAAUGAGAAGCACCAGCUGGAGGCAGAGCUGAAGAACUUCCAAGACCUGGUGGAGGAUUUCAAGAGCAAGUAUGAAGAGGAAAUAAACAGAAGGACAGCUGCAGAGAACGAUUUUGUGCUCCUAAAAAAGGAUGUGGAUGGAGUCUAUAUGAACAAGGUAGAACUUCAGGCAAAUCUGGAUGCUCUGGCGGAUGAGAUUAACUUCUUGAAAUGUCUUUAUGAAGCGGAAUUGUCCCAGAUGCAGCAACAAGUAUCUGACACAUCUGUGGUUCUGUCCAUGGACAAUAAUCGAACCCUGGACCUCAACAGCAUCAUUGCAGAGGUCAAAGCACAGUAUGAGGAGAUUGCUAACAAGAGUCGGUUGGAGGCUGAGUCUUGGUACCAAUGCAAGUAUGAAGAGCUGCAGGCUACAGCAGGAAAACACGGAGACAGUCUUAAGGACACAAAGAUUGAGAUCUCUGAGCUCAACCGCAUGAUCCAGAGGAUACGGGCUGAGAUUGAGAACGUGAAGAAACAGGUUCGCUUCCUGGAGCAACAGAACAAGGUUCUCUCCACCAAGUGGGAGCUCCUGCAACAGCAAGGGCCUACUGGGCCAAGGAAGAACCUCGAUGUCCUCUUCGAAAAUUACAUCCAGAACCUGAGGAGGCAGCUGGACUCAAUCUUGGCCCAGAGGGGACAACUGGAAUCAGAACUGCAGAGCAUGCAGCAAUAUGUUGAGGAUUACAAAACCAAGUAUGAGGAAGAGAUCAACAGGCGUACAAGCGCGGAGAAUGAGUUUGUGGUGCUCAAGAAGGUGAGAGAUGAAACUAUUCUUUCAUCUUUCCUUUAGGAUGAGUUGGAAGCAAAGGUGGGAGCUCUGACCGAUGAAAUCAACUUCCUGAGGUGCAUCUACGAGGAGGAGCUCUCUCAGAUGCAGACAAUCAGCCGGGACUUGUCCGUGGUGGUGUCUAUGGAUAACAGCCGGCACCUGGAUCUGGACAGCAUCAUUGAGGAAGUCAGACGCCAGUACGAACAGAUUGCUCAGAACAGCAGGGCUGAGGCUGAGGCUUGGUACCAGAGCCAGUAUGAACAGCUGCAGAGCACUGCUGGAAGGCAUGGGGACAGCCUCCGCAACACCAAGAUAGAGAUCCAAGAGCUGACCAGGAACAUCCAGAGGCUGCGGGCUGAAAUUGAGAAUGUGAAGAAGCAGAACCAGCAGCUGCAGGCAGCUAUUGCUGAGGCAGAGGAGCGUGGUGAGAUGGCUCUCAAGGAUGCCAGGAUCAAAUUGGAAGAGCUGGAAUCUGCCCUGCAGAAAGACAAGGAGGAGCUGGCUCGCUUGUUGAAGGAAUACCAGGAGCUGCUCAACAUCAAGAUUGCAUUGGAUGUUGAGAUUGCCAUGUACAGGAAGCUACUGGAGGGAGAGGAGUGCAGGCUGAGCGGAGGCAUGUCCAAUGUGAAUGUCUCUGUGGUAGGCAGGACCACCAUCUCUGGAGGCAGAGGAGGCGGCAUAGGAGGUGGCUUUGGAGGAGGCGGCUUCGGAGGCGGAAGUGGCAUGGGAGGCAGCUUUGGAGGUGGAAGUGGCAUAGGAGGAGGCUUCGGAGGAGGCAGCAGCAUCGGAGGUGGCUUUGGAGGAGGCAGCAUCGGAGGAGGUGUAUGUGGAAUAGGAGGAGGCUACGGAGGCGGAAGCAUCGUAGGCAGCAGUGGAAUAGGAGGAGGAACGUACAGUGGUGGCUUCUCUUCUGGAAGUGGAAGAAUGUGCAGCUCUGGAGGAGGUGGCAACUUUGGCUCCAGUGGGGGAUCCUCCUCUGUACGGAGAUGUGUCACAACCACCUCUGUCAAAUCUUCAGGAGUAAGAUUCUGA